AUGAAAUAAGUUUACUUUAUUUCUAUUUUGAUCUUAUCAUCUUAUUGUGCAUCUUUUUUAGAAGAGUAGCCAGGAAUGCAGAAUAAAAUCUAUACAAUAAAAUUGGAGAGAACUUAAUCUUAGGCCAGAAAAUCAUUAUUUGAUUUUAUAACAACUGGAUAGCAUUUUAAAUCUAAGAGAGAUAUAAUGGAUGACAUAUCUUUGAGUUAAACAUAGUAAAAGGAGAGCAUAAAAUUAUAUAAUUUUAAAAAUACAUAAUAUACUGGUGAAAUUAGUUUUGGAUAAUAAGAUAACAAAUUUAAAGUAAAUUAAAUGAUUAAAAAUAAUAUAGGUUAUAUUUGAUACUGGUUCAGCAAAUAUCUGGUUAAAUUCAGCAAGAUGUAAUGAUUAUGGCUGCAAAAAUCAUAAAUAAUAUGAUGGUUAAAAGAGCUUAACUUAUGAACACUUAGGAUAUGAUUUAGAUGUUGAAUUUGGUACUGGAGAAUUGAUGGGAGAGGUAAGAAUAUAAAUAAAUUAAAUAGAUAAAUGCAGAUACUGCAUAUUUAGGAAAUGUAAUGAUUAGAAAAUAAGAAUUUGCAGAAAUAGUUAGAGAAAAUGGAGAUGUAUUUGCAUAAUCUGAUUUUGAUGGAAUAGUAGGUUUAGCAUAUCCAACAAUGGCUGCAUAUCAUUUUAAUCCAUUAUUUGAUAAUAUUAUGCAAUAAAAAUUAUUGGAUAGAAAUGUGUUUUCAUUCUAUUUUUCAAGAUAAGAAGGAUCAAGAAAUUCAGAAUUAACUUUAGGUGGUUGGAAUUAAGAUCAUUUUUAAGGAGAAUUACAUUUUCAUAACGUUGCAAAUAAAUUUUAUUGGUUAUUGGAAGCAAAUAACAUUUUAGUAAAUGGAAAAGAUGUUGGUUUAUGUAAAGGUGGUUGCAGUGUAAUUGCAGAUACUGGUACUUCAUUAAUUACAGGUCCAUCUGAUGAUUUAUAUGAUUUAAUUGAUAAUCUUAAUAUAGAUGAGAAUUGUUAGAAUCUUAAGGAAUUGCCAACUUUAACAUUUGUAUUAGAUGGUAUUCAUUAUGAUCUUGAUGCUCAUGAUUAUAUUAUGAAAAUUGAUUCAUAUGGAAAUGAAGUAAAUUUAUAAUGUAAAUAUUAGAUUGCAUAUGGAUCAUUUGCAUCAACAGAUAGCUUUUUAGAAAUGGGUGGAGGUUGUGAAUGUAUUGGAACAUUCAUGCCAUUAGACAUUCCAUUUCCAUAAGGACCAGCUUGGAUUUUAGGUGAUACUUUCUUAAGCAAAUAUUAUUCUGUCUAUGAUAGAGAUAAUAAUAGGGUUGGAUUUGCUAGAGCAAAGUGA